AUGUCAGCAAAUGGUGAAUUUGUCGAGCUACUCAAGAGGGGUAAUAGAGCUGUUCAUGUAAAUCCUCCUCAUGGUUUGGAUAUUCAUCUAACAGAAUCAGGUUCAGAUUGGUUAUGGUCUGUCUACUCAGUCUUUGGUGUAUUGUCUAUCAUGUAUGCCUGCUUUUUCUUUUACCAAGAAAUGAAAGGUGGUAGUCAGUUAAUUAGAUAUACAAUGGCUGGUCCAUUUUUGAUUUCUAUUUUCGAAUUUUUCCAAUACUACACAUAUGCUUCCAAUUUGGGUUGGACAAACAUUCAAGCUGAAUUUAGAGGUGAAGAUGUAUCGCAUCCCGUUACCGACCUAUACCCUAACGUUAGACAAAUCUUUUAUGCUAAAUAUGUCGCUUGGUUCUUAUGCUGGCCCAUUCAAUUGUUCUUAUUAGAAUUAGCAGGUAUUACUAUCAACCAUUCUGGUGAAGUUUUCUCCACUUGGGAAUUGAUCCAUUCUCUAUUGGUUCAAAUGAUUGGGUAUGAAUAUUGGGUCAUCUCUUUGCUAGUUGGUGCCUUGAUCCAUUCUACUUAUAAAUGGGGUUACUGGGUCAUGGGUAUCUUUGUUUCAUUUUGUGUUUUAGGUGUCCAAUUUAAGAGACAAAUAUUUGAUUUGAAAAUCAGAGGUGUAUCGUUAAUUGUUUACUUGUUGUCUAUCAUUUGUACUUUAUUAUACAAUGUCUGUUGGGGUUUGUCAGAUGGUGGUAAUGCCAUCUCUCCAAAUGGUGAGGCUGUUUUCUACGGUAUUUUAGAUUACUGUAUUUUUGCCAUUUGGACAGGAUAUUUGUGCUUUAUCAUUUGUAAUUAUGGUGAAUGGCCUGAAAUUGAAGUUCAAAACGGUAUGAUGCCUAAUCAAAUGCAAGAAAAGAAUUUACCAGAGUCUCCAAGAGCUUCUGGUGAGACUGCUUACGAUACAGAUAUUGAAAAUACAGAUAUUGAAAAUACAGAUAUUGAAAAUACAGAUAAUGAUGCGGUACAACGUGAACCGGAAGAUGAAGACGAAGAUAUGGAGCAACCAGAAGAUAUUUCUCAAAGAGUAUAG